AUGCUUGGGAAUCAACAAUUUCAUCAAGUUGCUGCGGAUCAAACGAAGGAGUUGGAUAAGAAUAUGGCGAGAUUGCGUGUUUUGAAAACCAGUCUUUUGAGCCAGCGAAAUAGCACUGAGGAGGAGAUUCUUGCACAGGGGAAGGUUGAAUUUGCCAAAGUAACGGUGACUGGAUUGCAAAUGAAGUUGGAAAUGCUGUAUUUUUCUAUUACAAGACGUCUCAAGGAGAUAUCAUCACUUGCUGGUUGGUAUAUUAUACCAAAUUUAUUUUUACGUAAGCUGCAUGACACUUGCAUGCAUUUAGAUUCUUGUACCCGAUUUUUAGAUUCCAGUAAAAGAAGGUCGUCAAUGCGACUGAAAUGUUCAAAAGAAAAAUCAGAACUAAUGUUGUCUGUGGAGGCGUUAAAUACUGUUAGCAAACUGCUUGCUCUAACUCCGACAAAUGCUGAAGAUAUUCUUGCAGGAGAAUUUCCCUGGUCAUUUAGCGAGGAGUCAACUACCUCGCAAGGUACAUACUUUAUGCAUUUAGCUUUACGAAAAUUAAGUUUUUGUGGUCCAUCCAAAUAACACGUUAUGUGUUCCUAGAUCUUCCCAUACGAUGCAAAGCACAAGUAGUAGACAAGUUCAUGUUGGUUGAAAGACUAAAAGAAGAGAAAUCCCAGUUAAGAAUGGAAAUGAAAAACUUCCUUAUGUUCUACUUGGAAACCAUUGUGCCCAAUCUUCGUGAAAAAAAAGUCGGCAUUAAUGCCCGAAUAGGUAGUCAAUUAUGAUGCAUAUUUAUAGAUUGUGUAUUUUGUGAUCAAUUUGCAGUGUCACCAAAAUGCCACUAACCCCAAAUAUGAUUUUUUGUAUGUGCGAUAUAAUAUUUAGAUGCGAUACUGCAUAUAUUUUUAGUUAACAACAUCAUCAUGAUUUCAUGAGAUGGAUUUUUAUGGUAAAAAAAGAACAAAGGAAAGCUAAUUUGAAAUUAUGUAAUGACGGUAACGUCUACAGCGAAAAGGUUGCACAAGAUGAGAUUUUUUUACAAUAAAGAUCACGACAUUACUUCUUAGAAAUACCCAAAUAUUACCAAUACCAAAAAUCACAUUUGGUGUUAAUGGCACUUCAACUUAGAACUCAUGUUAAUUAUUUUUUUAUGUAGAUUAUAUUAACAACGUGGAUGAACCAGAUGAUAAAUACUCGAGUAAAGAUGAGGUAUAUAUAUGCUCUAGUCAUGUACAGUACAUAUCGGUAUAUAUAAGACGUCGUAAUAUAUGUUGUGUUUUUGCAUAUUUAGAGUGCAGUUGAUAAAGGACGACGGUAUUUGGUGCGUACUGAGAGACUAGAUACCUUACAAGGUCACCUUGCUAUUGUUAAUAUGGGGAUAGCCUUUGCCAAAAGCCAGAUAAGAAAUGGAUUGGAAUACUUCAGAGAUCUGGAUAAUUCAUUGGCAAGUUUGGAAGAUAGCGACGACGACGUUAGUAGUGAUGAAGAUGACGAUGAUACCAACUCCGAUUGUGAAGACGCCUUGUCAAGUCAUGAGAACAGUGAACUUGAAACAUUUUAUGACUAA